AUGGCGAUAACCGUAUACGACGCUGUUUGCACGGCGACGACAAAAACCCCCAAAUUCCUACUUUUUAACGAUUAUGCCGCCACCAUAGCUUCACCUUCUCCUCCGCCUCUCCUCAACCUCUCCGCGACUUUCCGAGACAACAUCAGAUCCUUCCUCCGUGACAACGCCGAGAUUGAAGAUUACACCAUCGAUGGCAACACCGUCUCUUGUAUCUUACUUGGCAGCCAAGCUCCCGGCGUCGUCUUCCCUCUUUACAUCCUCGACGAACUAAUCUCUGAUUCUUCUCCUAACCCUCUCUGCGAUUCCUGCAGAUGCGUUGGUUGGGGUCAUCACUACGCAUCGAAGAGGCGAUAUCAUAUGAUAAUCCCAAAGCGUGAUGCGUGGAACGACCCAUUGACGGCAGAAAGCUUGAAGCUUUCUUCACAUCUGAUGCAUGGUUUGGUCCAUUGCAAUGGUUUUGGUCAUUUGCUCUGUAUCAACUCUGAAGAUGACCUCUCUGGUGAUCAAGUCAUGGACUUUUGGAAUCGUCUUUGCACUACUCUCCACACUAGGAAGAUCUCCUUGGAUGAUACAUCGAAGAAGGGGUCGAUGGAUCUGAGGCUUCUCCACGGUGUUGCAUAUGGUCGACCAUGGUUUGGAAAAUGGGAUUAUAUGUUUUCUAAUGGAAGCUUUGGGGUAAGAAAAGAUGAGUAUUGGCGAGCUAUUCUCACUCUUAGCUCUAUCGAAGUUGACAAGAUUAUGGAAGACUUUUCUGGAACAAGUAAAGGGAGAGUGAUGAAGAUAAUCAUUGGUUUCUACAGAGGAUCCACUGAAACACCAUUGGUCACUCUCUCUGAUUUGCUUCGGUUCAUGCUUGAUUUCAGAUCAAAAGCUCCCAUUCAGAGAAAGACUGCAAUGGCACUCAUAGCAAUGUCUGUAGAUCCUGAUUCAUGUCCUGUUCUUGGAGCUGAUGAGAACAUUGAGGUCUGCACAUCCCCAGAUCAGGACUCAGAUGAUAGCGGCUAUGAAUCCGGCCUUGAUGAUCAUAAUACUACAAUGGCGGGAAUAAAAGCCCCUGCGUAUGAAUCGUUUGAUGAUUUGGGCAGGGGAGAACAUUCUAGAUGGCCUGGGAGGAGGUUGAAUGAGGCAGCACAAGCGGUUCUCAAAGUGUUUAAAGAGCAAAACAGCACCAUUACUCGCCAAGCGCUAAGGGAGGCUGUCAGAAGUAGCAUUGGUGAUACAGGAUUGAUUGAUUUCUUGCUCAAACACAUUGACAAAGUUCUAAUAGGUGACCAGAUAGUGCAGAGGUUCAAUAACCCGAAAUCCCGAAUGUUACAGUUCUCCCUCCGGACAAUCAACUCCCGUGUUCUAGAGCAAGAACGGAAAAAGAAAAGAAAACUGAAACCGCAGGAAACCAGUGAAUGGGCAUCCACCACUCCUGGACUGAGUCCUUACGAUGACAUUUUCUAUCUGUAUCAGAAUCUCUUGUUAGCUUAUCCUGAUUCAGACUCAUACAGCGAAGCGUCUCAGGUUAUCUUGAAUUGCAAGAGCUUUGUAAAAGAAUGGUCUUACCAGGAACAAAAUCCUUUAACAGUGAGCUGCCAAGUUCUGCCCAAUCAUGAAGAUCUACUCAGAGACUUCACCCGGCUAUUACCCCCUGGUGAACUGGUGGUUGUCCCUGAAAACGCAACCAUUAGAGAACUGAAAUCUGCAGCAGAGAAAGCUCUGAGGGACACUUACUGCAUAAUGGAGACAUUUGAAAUGUUGGAGAUAAGAAACAUGUAUCUUGAGAAGCUACACGACGACUUGAGUCUAGAAUCACAAGGGAAGACAGAGUUUCUGGUGAAAGGGUUUGGUCUAGACACAGGCACUGAGUUAAGGUAUGAAGGCGGUUUUGAUGACUGGACCGUUGCCUGCGAAUGCGGAGCUAGGGAUGAUGAUGGUGAGAGAAUGGUGGCCUGUGAUGUUUGCAAGGUAUGGCAACACACACUCUGCAAUUCCAUUGAAGACGAUGAAGCUGUGCCCUCCGUGUUUCUCUGUAACAGGUGUUCUGCGGAUAGCUCGAGAUCCAAAAAACGCAACUUCAGCAUCCUCUAGCCCUAUCUUAACGCAAAAAGUCAGCUUGUGUUUGGAGAUUCCAUUUUGUAUAUCGUUCCAUCAUUAUGGUGAAAACUUUUCAACCGUAGCAGCAAUAGACCGAUUUAGCUAUUGAGUAUUUUUUGCAUAAAAAAUUA